GCCCUUUCUUUCGCCAGUAUUACGGGCCCGAACCCUCGUGUGAAGGGUGCAGUACCUAAGCUGCAGCCGGGUAGAGGCGGGCCGGCACCCCCUUCUGACCUCCGGUGCCGCCGGCCUCAAGAUCAGACAUGGCCCAGAACUUGAAGGACUUGGCGGGACGGCUGCCCGCCGGGCCCCGGGGCAUGGGCACGGCGCUGAAGCUGUUGCUGGGGGCCGGCGCCGUGGCGUACGGUGUACGCGAAUCCGUGUUCACUGUGGAAGGCGGGCACAGAGCCAUCUUCUUCAAUCGGAUCGGUGGAGUGCAGCAGGACACUAUCCUGGCCGAGGGCCUUCAUUUCAGUGGGUGCUGCGCGAACCUCCAGCAGCAUAUGAACUGUUGUUUUCCAAAGGGACAAGAGAAUCUCUCCUUGUCGGUGGUCAUGGGGAGGAGCAGGCCAAAAAACGCGUGGAUCCCCUGGUUCCAGUACCCCAUUAUCUAUGACAUUCGGGCCAGACCUCGAAAAAUCUCCUCCCCUACAGGCUCCAAAGACCUACAGAUGGUGAACAUCUCCCUGCGAGUGCUGUCUCGACCCAAUGCUCAGGAGCUUCCUAGCAUGUACCAGCGCCUAGGGCUGGACUACGAGGAACGAGUGUUGCCGUCCAUUGUCAACGAGGUGCUCAAGAGUGUGGUGGCCAAGUUCAAUGCCUCACAGCUGAUCACCCAGCGGGCCCAGGUAUCCCUGUUGAUCCGCCGGGAGCUGACAGAGAGGGCCAAGGACUUCAGCCUCAUCCUGGAUGACGUGGCCAUCACAGAGCUGAGCUUUAGCCGAGAGUACACAGCUGCUGUAGAAGCCAAACAAGUGGCCCAGCAGGAGGCCCAGCGGGCCCAAUUCUUGGUAGAAAAAGCGAAGCAGGAACAGCGGCAGAAGAUUGUGCAGGCCGAGGGUGAGGCCGAGGCUGCCAAGAUGCUUGGAGAAGCACUGAGCAAGAACCCUGGCUACAUCAAACUUCGCAAGAUCCGAGCAGCCCAGAAUAUCUCCAAGACGAUCGCCACAUCACAGAAUCGCAUUUAUCUCACGGCUGACAACCUCGUGCUGAACCUACAGGAUGAAAGUUUCACCAGAGGAAGUGACAGCCUCAUCAAGGGUAAGAAAUGAGCCUAGUCACCAAGAACUCCACCCCCAGAGGAAGUGGAUCUGCUUCUCCAGUUUUUAAGGAGCCAGCCAGGGGUCCAGCACAGCCCUACCCCGCCCCAGUAUCAUGCGAUGGUCCCCCACACCGAUCCCCUGAACCCCUCUUGGAUUAAGGAAGACUGAAGACCAGCCCCUUUUCUGGGGAAUUACUUUCCUCCUCCCUGUGUUAACUGGGGCUGUUGGGACAUUGUGUGAUUUCUCAGUGAUUUCCUACAGUGUUGUUCCCUCCCUCAAGGCUGGGAGGAGACAACCACCAACCCAGGAACUCUCAAUAAAUUUUUAUUACUUAACCUGAA